AUGGUAUUAACGGAGGGUCCGAAUUCCGAGUUGAUGAGUCGACUCGUUGACUUAGUGAAAGAGAUUUCUGGGUUGCGGGAAUGUAGAAAUGUUUGCAAGAAGAUGCAUGGCAAUUUGGUACGUAGAAUCAAGCUAUUGAGCCCUUUGUUUGAGGAAUCGAAGGAUAUCAGUGAAGAGCUAAGCGAAGAAGAGACUAAAGGGUUUGAAUUACUGAGAAUCGCUUUAGAUUCUGCUAAGGAGCUUCUCAAAUCAGUUGCAGAAGGAAGCAAGGUGUAUCAGACCUUGCAAAGGGAUGGCAUAGCAGAUAAGUUCAACCAGAUCACGGAAGAAAUUGAAGCAGCAUUGAGUCAGAUUCCUUAUGACAAACUCAAUUUAUCUGAGGAAGUUCAAGAACAGAUUGAACUUGUGCACGCUCAAUUCAGAAGAGCGAAGGGAAGGCCAGAACUUCAAGAUCAUCAACUCGAAGUUGAUUUGGCCAUAGCACAGAGAGAAAGGGAGCCUGACCCUGCAGUACUAAAAAGACUUUCAGAAAAACUGCAUCUCCAGACUAUCGAUGAUCUAAAGAAAGAAUCCCUUGCAUUCCAUGAACUGGUUAUUGCAAGUGGUGGAGAUCCAGGAGACUGGUUUGAGAAGAUGUCAUCCCUCUUUAAGAAGUUAAAGGACUAUGUCCAGGUGGAAAACCCUGAAGCUGAUUCUUCUGAGGCUGAAAAAGCCAUGAUUAAACACAGAUCUCCAGUUAUCCCAGAUGAUUUCCGGUGCCCAAUAUCUCUUGAACUAAUGAAAGAUCCUGUUAUUGUCUCUACCGGACAGACUUAUGAAAGGUCCUGCAUCCAAAAAUGGCUAGAUGCAGGUCACAAGACCUGUCCAAAAACACAGCAGACCCUCCUGCAUACUGCACUUACACCUAACUAUGUUUUGAAGAGUCUGAUUGCUUUAUGGUGUGAGAGCAAUGGUGUAGAGCUUCCUAAACAGCCAGGGGCUUGUAGAAGCAAAAAAGUAGGAAGCAGUAUUUCAGAUUGUGACCGAGCUGCAAUAGCUACCUUAUUAGACAAAUUAGCAAAUGGUAAUGCAGAACAACAAAGAUCAGCUGCUGGAGAGCUUCGUUUAUUAGCAAAGAGGAAUGCAGACAACAGAGUCUGUAUUGCAGAAGCAGGAGCAAUUCCACUCCUUGUGGAGCUAUUAUCCUCAACAGAUCCUCGGACCCAAGAGCAUGCUGUUACAGCACUUCUCAACCUUUCCAUAAAUGAUAUUAACAAGGGCACCAUUGUUAACGCAGGAGCCAUUCCUGAUAUAGUAGAUGUUUUGAAAAAUGGAAGCAUGGAGGCAAGAGAAAAUGCAGCCGCAACCCUUUUCAGUUUAUCUGUUAUAGAUGAGAAUAAGGUGGCAAUAGGAGCAGCUGGGGCAAUCCCUGCUCUUAUAAAGUUGCUAUGUGAUGGGACUCCAAGAGGAAAGAAGGAUGCUGCUACUGCUAUCUUUAAUCUUUCAAUCUAUCAAGGAAACAAGGCAAGGGCUGUGAAGGCUGGUAUUGUGCCACCCCUGAUGAGGUUGCUGAAGGAUGCCGGGGGAGGAAUGGUGGAUGAAGCAUUGGCAAUUCUUGCCAUUCUUGCUAGUCAUCAAGAAGGGAAGGUGGCAAUUGGUCAGGCUGAUCCAAUUCCUGUUCUGAUGGAUGUCAUCAGCACUGGAUCUCCACGCAACCGGGAGAAUGCUGCAGCGAUCUUGUGGUCACUUUGCACUGGCGAUUCACAGCAGUUGAAGUUAGCUAGGCAGUUUGGUGCUGAAGAGGCAUUAAAAGAACUAUCUGAAAGUGGUACUGACAGGGCCAAGAGAAAAGCUGGAAGCAUAAUAGAGCUCCUUCAACGAGUUGAUGCUGUUGUUACUCAAAGCCAACUCUGA